AUGCGUGGACGCGAUGAUGCUCGACAAGGAGGUGUGAGGGAGCAAAGAGGUGCGGGAGUAGAUGGGAAUGGAGGAGCAACAGCUACGCAAGAAGAGCGAAGGAGACUGGAGCUGGAAGAGAGAGAGGCUGCGUUGCGGCGCAGAGAGAUGGAACUUUGGGAAAGGGAAAGGAGAUUGUACGGCGCGAGAUGAAGUGGAGAGCGAGCGCUUUCCCUCGCCUUCUUGCUAUAUACUCUUGUUGCCUAUGUGUUUGACCAUCGAGACACGCUCCCUUCCGAAUGAGGAUGAUAUAUUUAGUGAAGCGGAAGGAGAUUGCGUCUCUGCAUGACGCUAAGACUGGCAAGUGUGGACCGGUACCACGCACGCGAAAAGGGAAAAGAGUUAAGCGAUCAGAUCUGGAAGAAAUACCCGAAGUGA